GCAGAAGAUCCUAGAACUUACCACCAGGAUCACUGAGCUGCUGAGCGGAGAGGUUCCUAUAAGGUGUCAGGAUGUCGCUGUCUAUUUCUCCAUGGAGGAGUGGGAGUAUUUAGAAGAACACAAGGAUCUGUACAAGGACGUCAUGAUGGAGAAUCACCAGUCCCUCACAUCACCGGAUGGAUCCAGUCAGAACAAUCCACCAGAGAGAUGUCCCAGUCCUCCGUAUUCCCAGGACUGUCCAGAGGAGAAACCAAAUAUCUCACUGGAUCAUCAGGAAAUUUCUGUUGAAAUGACGAGGGAACUGGGGGAACCCAUUAUAGUGUCUGUGAUUGGUGAAGACUGGAUGACUGACUCCCAUGGACAUCUCCAUUUAUCUUCCUAUCCUGAAGCAGAAUAUAACAAUACCACACAAGAUAAUUCAAUAACUCUUAAUGUACCCUCAGUCCUUUACAGCAGAGAUGUAUACACUAAUACCACUGGUCACAAGAAACCUUCAACUAAUCAAUCUCUGUUUGGUAAAACAAGAACAAAACAGAGACGUGGGAAAACAUUUUUACGUGAGAAACAGCUAAAAAAGGAAUCCAGUUCUUUUUCAUGCUCAGAAUGUGGAAAAUCUUUUUCCAGCAAAUUAAUCCUAGUUGGACAUCAGAGAAGUCACACAGGAGAGAAGCCAUAUUCAUGUUCAGACUGUGGGAAAUGCUUUAUGUGGAAAGGUUCUCUCGAGAGGCAUCAGAGAAAUCACACAGAGGAUAAGCCAUUUUCAUGUCCAGAAUGUGGGAAAUGUUUUAGCCAAAAAUCUAGUCUUCUUAGACAUCAGAAAGCUCACACAGGAGAGAAACCAUUUUCAUGUUCAGAAUGUGGGAAAUGUUUUAGCCAAAAAUCUGGUCUUUAUAGACAUCAGAAAAGUCACACAGGCGAGAAGCCGUUUUCAUGUCCAGAAUGUGGGAAGUGUUUUAGUCAAAAAUCAGAUCUUCAUAGACAUCAGAAAGCUCACACAGGAGAGAAACCAUUUUCAUGUUCAGAAUGUGGGAAAUGUUUUACACGUCAGUCAGGUUUUAUCCAGCAUCAGAGAACUCACACAGGGGAGAAGCCAUAUUCAUGUCUAGAAUGUGGCAAGUGUUUUAGUCAGAGGUCGCAUCUUGGUAUACAUCUGAGAACUCACACAGGGGAAAAGUCAUUUAUGUGUCCUGAAUGUGGGAAGAAUUUUGGUGUGAAAUCAUUGCUUAUAGAUCAUCUAAGAAUUCACACAGGAGAGAUGCCAUUUUCAUGUUCAGAAUGUGGGAAAUGUUUUAGUCUUAAGUCAAAUCUUGCGAGCCAUAUGAGAAGCCACUUAGGGGAGAAGCCAUAUUUAUGUUUAGAAUGUGGGAAAUGUUUUACCACAAAAUUCUUUCUAGUUGUACAUCAGAGAAUUCACACAGGAGAAAAGCCAUUUUCAUGUGCAGAAUGUGGGAAAUCUUUUAACCGGAAAUCAUCUCUCCUUUAUCAUCAGAGAAGUCACGAAGAAGAGAAGCUAUUUCCAUGUUCUUAAUGUGAGAAAUCUUUUAGUCAGAAAUCGGAUCUUCAUAGACAUCAGAAAGCUCACACUGGGGAGAAGCCAUUUCCAUGUCCUGAAUGUGGGAAAUGUUUUAGUCAGAAAUCUCAUCUUUUGAGCCAUCUAAAAUCCGAAUUAGGGGAGUAACCAUUUUCAUGUUCAGAAAGUGGGGGGGGGAGGGGGGUUACCCAGCAAUAAGGUUUUUUUCAGCAUCCAAGAGCACGUCUUGUAGGAGGUACUUUAGUCUGAAAUCUUGUCUUGUUAGACAUCAGAGAACUCACAUUGGGGAGAAGCCAUUUAUAUGUUUUGCAUAUGGGAAGUGUUUUAUUCUGAAAUCAGUUCUUAUAGAACAUCUGAGAAUUCACACAGGGGAGGAACUAUUUUCUUGUUAAGAAUGUGGGAAAACAUUUACUUAGAAAUCAAGACUUACUAA